GUUUCUGGUUGGCCUAUACUCCCCGAGAUACUCCCGACGUUGUCCGGACACAUGCCGCACCAGCCCGUGAGGCUAGCUAUGCACCCACACCUCGACCGUGAUACACACUACCACGGCGACGAGCCAGCUACAGUACCGCAAGACAGUUAGACAGUCGUCACUGCACGCCAGACCCGGUGCAAUGCAUGCUGCCGAUAUGGUGCAUUUGCGCCAUUUGAUACCGUUCUACAUGCUCUUGAGCGACACACCAAGUCGGCGUGACGAGGAUGACGGCGAUGCUGCGAGCGGCAUAGAUCUUAGGAGUGCUGCACAGGCGGAGGCGGAGGGGGCUUUCCUGGACACCAGCCUGGUAACUAAAACCGCGGGGCAGCGGUAGUAGGAGGAGGAGGUCCUUGGACUUCGUGCUGUGUGUUCACCGAAACUCUGGCGAGGGGAGCGGCCCUCGCCGGAGGACUCGUGUUGCCAUGAACAUCCGGCAACUGAACUGGGCCAGCCUUCUCAUGAGCACUUUGACCUCCAUCGUUCUCCAUGAUUGUUUAGCAGCGGUUGUGAGUGUAAUGUGGUGGUAGUCUUGCGGUGGGGGUGGAGGCGGA